AUGAAGACGAUCAAGCCGUUGCCGGAAGGUGUUCGUCACUCCAUGCGCUCCGGGAUCAUCAUGUUCGACAUGGCGAGGGUCGUGGAGGAGCUCGUCUUCAACAGCCUCGACGCUCGUGCGACCAAGGUGUCAAUCUUCGUCGGGGUUGUUACAUGCUCUGUGAAGGUUGUGGAUGAUGGAUCUGGCGUUUCUAGAGAUGAUUUGGUUUUGUUAGGAGAAAGAUAUGCUACUUCGAAGUUUCAAGACUUCAUUAAUGUGGAGACAGCUAGUGAGAGUUUUGGAUUCAGAGGAGAGGCUUUGGCUUCCAUAUCAGAUAUCUCGUUGAUGGAAAUCACGAGUAAAGCUGUUGGGAAGCCUAAUGGUUAUCGGAAGGUUAUGAAGGGAUCCAAGUGUUUACAUCUAGGAAUUGACGAUGGUAGAAAAGACUCUGGCACGACUGUUACUGUCCGAGAUCUGUUUUACAAUCAACCAGUGAGACAAAAAUAUAUGCGAUCCAGCCCUAAGAAAGUGUUGGAAUCUAUAACAAAGUGUGUGUUCCGGAUUGCGCUUGUGCACUCGAAUGUUUCCUUCAGUGUUCUUGAUAUCGAAAGUGAUGAAGAGCUUUUCAAAGCCAAUCCUUCUGCUUCAGCAUUUUCGCUACUGAUGAGAGAUGCAGGGACCGAAGCUUUGAAUACUCUUUGUAAAGUAAACGUUACAGAUGGUAUGUUGAAUGUCUCUGGGUAUAUAUCUGGUCCGGCAGAUAGUUUCAAGGUAAAUAUCAAUUCAAGAUUCGUAAGCAAAGGUCCCAUACAUAAGCUGCUGAACAACUUGGCUGCUAGUUUUGAUUGUACGGAUGACUGGAAGCCUACAGAUGGGCUACAAACAGGGCGACGUAGCAGACUUCAAUCCAAUCCUGGUUACAUAUUGUGCAUAACAUGUCCACGCCAUCUUUAUGAGUUCUCAUUUGAACCAUCAAAGACAAACGUCGAGUUCAAGAACUGGGAACCUCUAAUUACCUUAAUAGAAAGGAUCAUUCUAGCUAACUGGAAGAAAGAAGAGGUUCUUGAAAUUUGUGAUGGGGGAGCUGAUCUGCUGGCAAAAGGUGAUAGACCAGACCUGAUUGAUGACAUGAGUAAACUUCAAGAAGAAUGGCCAGAAACUAUUGAACCUACAAAAAAGAAGCGCAAGAGAAGUAAUGAUCAAACACCUUAUAGUUUCCUCUUGUCCCCGUCUGGUGACUUUAAAAGAGAUGAUGGUUAUUUUUCGCAUGGAAAGGAGGAAUGGUCUCCAAAAUAUGAACGUGAAGUGAAAGUUCAGAAUCCUAUAGAGCAAGAUACUGUAGCUGAAUUUGACCGUCAGACUGCUUCUCUUCUACAGCCAUGUGACAUCGAUAUGCAAAAGAAUGAAGACUUUCCACAAGUUACUGACCUCAUAGAAACAAGCUUGGUUUCUGGCGCUAAGUGCAGCAAACAGUUUCUAACAAGACGCCAAAAUAGCAUACCUCUCAAUGUCUACAAUGAUUCUAUGAAAGAUACAGACGUAUUAAAUUUUCAGUUUGAAGAAGUUGACGAUGAGUCGACUGCCAGCGAUCGCAUUGGAAAGCAUCUUUUGCGGGGCUGUUCCUCAAGAGGAAGGCUAUCCCUUCACGAGCCGAAACUAUCUCAUGAUGAAGUGUCUGAAUCAGGCAUCAAACUUGAUGACAAACGAAGGAAUUCACUGAUUCAUGUCCUAGAGUCCAGAGAAGGUGGUUCGUACUGUGAUGUUCUUUCUGACACUCUUGGAUUUCAUGAAAUGACCAGAACUCCUGAUUUUUCCCUAGGGAGUUCAUGGCAAGAUACUGAUUGGUUUAAUCCACAAGAUUCCGUGGACAAUACAAGUGUUGGAAUUGGAGAAGAUUUUAGCAUCAACCCCAUAUACAUUGCGAAAUUUUGUCCUUAUGAAGACAAAUUUGUCAAGAAAAGCUACUCCCCCUCAGUCAAUGUCGGAAGGUCUGGUCCUGGUAGUUUCCGUUUGAGUUAUGAGUGCUCUACAGUGUUCUCCACAUCUCCUGCGGCCGAGUGGGAGUCUGAUUAUCGGGAAGGUUGUCAAAUUCUUGAAGGGAGUUUGGAAUUGGGAAGGAUGCCUGACCCUGGUUCUUUUCUCAGUGCAGCAGACAACGUCAAAUUUGAUCAUGAGGCCAUACCUAAAAUCCAUUGCCGGAAAACCAGCACAGAUUCUUUCGCAGAUAUUCAGAAUUGCACUGAGUCAGGUGAAAAGAUUUUCCAGUCACUGUGGGGGCAUGCAGAUAAUAUGGGUAUUGAACAACAUAGUAUCAUGAAAGACAAAUUUAGUUAUAGGUAUGGUUCGAAGAAUAAUGUUGGUAAACGAAGGUCAGGAAGAAGCCGCUCUGCUCCUCCAUUUUAUCAAGAGAAAAAGAGAUUUGUCAGUUUAAGUUUCAGAUCAGACACAAAAUUAAAGAGCUCUGAUCCAUCAGAACCUGAUGAUUUGGAGUGCUUGACACAACCCUGUAAUGCAUCACAUAUGCAUCUUAAGUCCAGCAUCCUUGAUGAUGUGUCAUAUGACCACCUACAAGAACCAGGAAAAAGUAUGAGUUCGGCCUCAGACUUGAAAGCAUCUGCUGGUUGCAGUAUUUUGCACUCGGAGACUCGAGAUGAGGAUGGAGACGAAGACUUAAGCUCACAAGAAAAUCUGGAUCCAGUUAAAUCCACAACGAAAUGGCGCCAUAACUGUCCGUCCUCUCAGGUUGCCAAGGAAUCACACGAGCUACAUGAUCAAGAUAGUGUACUUGAUAUAUGUUCAGGACUUUUGCACCUGCGAUCCGAUGAGUCCUUGGUUCCUGAAUCUAUAAACAGACAGUCCCUUGAGAAUGCUAAGGUUCUACAACAGGUGGAUAAAAAAUAUAUCCCAAUUGUUGCUUGUGGAACAGUUGCCAUCGUUGAUCAGCAUGCUGCUGAUGAAAGAAUUCGCUUGGAAGAGCUGCGUAAAAAGGUCCUGGCGGGACAAGCAAGGACAGUCACAUAUCUGAGUGCAGACAAAGAGUUGGUCCUGCCAGAGAUGGGUUAUCAGUUACUCCAGAGUUAUUCAGACCAGAUAAGAGACUGGGGUUGGAUCUGCAGCAUUAAUGCAGAAGGGUCAACGUCUUUUAAGAAGAACAUGAGCAUCCUUCAACGUAAAGCAACUCCAAUCACACUUAAUGCGGUCCCAUGCAUUCUGGGUGUAAAUCUAUCAGAUGUUGAUCUAUUAGAGUUUCUUCAGCAGCUUGCUGAUACUGACGGAUCAUCAACUAUUCCUCCAUCUGUUCUUCGAGUCCUCAACUCCAAAGCAUGUAGAGGUGCAAUUAUGUUCGGAGAUUCUCUGUUACCCUCGGAAUGCUCUUUAAUCAUUGAAGGACUGAAGCAGACCUCACUGUGUUUCCAGUGUGCUCAUGGGCGACCAACGACAGUUCCUCUAGUCAAUUUGAAGGCAUUACACAGACAGAUAGCAAAGCUCGAUUCCAGACAACCGUGGCAUGGGUUCGAACGCAGAGAAAUCACACUUGAUCGUGCUAAGUCACGCUUAGAUGAAGCUAAAAGCUAA